UGAACAGUUUGUGAUUUCAUGUGAAAUAGGCUUUAACAUCAAUGGAGUAGUAUCUUUUCUAACCUCCAAAACGCGAAAAAAACUUGUUUGCUUUUUCUUGAAAAGGGUUAAGUUUGCCUUCUUUGAACUUUUGCGAGACAUCUCGCUAGGAUUUUAUAAGCAAGUGUGAUCGUUUAUUCUACGACAGUUGGAUUGCGUAAAAAUUUGAAGUAGAAAAUGUUAGAGAUAACGUGCAACGAUCGUCUCGGUAAGAAGGUUAGAGUCAAGUGCAAUCCAGACGACACCAUAGGAGACCUGAAAAAAUUGAUAGCCGCUCAAACUGGGACACAUUGGGAGAAAAUUGUUUUGAAGAAGUGGUACACCAUUUUCAAAGACCAUAUAAAGUUACAGGACUAUGAGAUACACGAUGGCAUGAACUUAGAGCUUUAUUAUCAAUAAAUCUAUAAAAUAAAAUUGUAUGUAAGCAUUUUUUUUUAAUAUAAUGUAAUUAUUGAACUUUGCUUUCUUUUCUAUGUCUAAAUAUAAUGUACACAUAUAAGAAUAAAAGAGAGGUUAAAUAUAAAAUACACAUAUUAAACCAUUACAAAUGUCAACAAGGAAAA